AUGCCUACUGAACAACCCCGACCAUCGUUCUAUCUACUCCCCCCAGAACGAUAUCUACCGGCAUCGGCCCUAUCAACAUGGCUUGGACGAAUAGUCAAAUCCUAUUCCGAGCCAGACGCAAAUUUUGUGCCGGACGAUCCGAAACCCUUUGUAACACACGAAUUUGCAACAAGCACCAUCGCCAACGCCAGCCUUGCCGCAUUAUCACAGCGGAAUAAGUCGUUUGCUGCCAAACUCGGCGCAACAGUUGAUGUCUCACGAGAAACCAGUAAUGGUGGGGGCCUCUCGUUCACUAGCUCCAAGGUCGUCUGCGUGCGUCUUCAGAAUUAUGAUCAAGUUUUUGAUCGUUUGAUCCAACAUGAGGACACGAGAUCUCAACUCCAACGGAUGCUAGCUCGCGGCGGUAAUGCUGGCUUCAUGGUUACUGCGGUGCUCAUCUGGCAGGAUGCAACUUUCACGCACUCCAGAGAACUCGGGGUCACAACCUCGGCCGGUGUUUCAGUGCCUGUGUCUACGAUUGUCUCAAGCACUACAGGCAUCAUGCUGCCCUCUGAACUCACUGACCCAGGCGUUUCCGGGUCGCGAGGUCGCCAAGAUACAGCCGAGUUCUCUGGCGAAAGCGCCGGGAGUAAUAUCUUUGCUCUCCAGUACAAGACCGUCCGGAGAUCUGUUGUGCAGUCGUUUUUGGGUGUGAAAAACAGUAUGAUGUUAAAAGGAAAGGGUCCAAAUUUGCCAGCCUCGCAAUCUUUUGCAAAGAAACACCGUGGAGAUGACGAAUCUGAGUCGGAGGAGAGUGAUCCCAGUAGCGAUGAAGAAAGCGAUGAAGAGUAUGAGAUCGAGAGUGAUGACAAGUCUGACGGUGAUUAUGAAGCAGUCAAGAACGGGAAGGUUGUCCUGGAGAUGGAUGAGGAUAGCGUUACGUGGGCUGAUGUGCUAGAUGAGGAGGAAGAGGGGAUGGAGCGCGUUGAUAUUAGCAAUGGUGGCGAAGAAAUGGAGUUUGUAUUCUAA